AUGCUAAUUUUCAAUAACACCACCUCCUCUUCCUCAAACUUUCUCCUCACUGCGUUCCCUGGGCUGGAACGUGCUCAUAUCUGGAUCUCCAUUCCUGUCUGCUGUCUCUACAUCAUUGCCCUCUUGGGAAAUAGCAUGAUCUUUUUUGUUAUUAUUAUUAAGCGGAAUCUUCACAAACCCAUGUACUAUUUCCUCUCCAUGCUCUCAGUUGUUGAUCUAUGUCUGACCAUCACAACCCUUCCCACUGUGCUCGGUGUCCUCUGGUUUCAUGCCCAGGAGAUCAGCUUCAAAGCUUGCCUCAUUCAAAUGUUCUUCCUGCAUGUCUUCUCCUGGCUGGAGUCCUCAGUGCUGGUAGCCAUGGCGUUUGAUCGCUUCAUGGCUAUCUGUAACCCACUGAAGUAUGCGACUGUCCUCACAGACAUGAUGGUCCUGGUAAUUGUUCUGGUUGUCUGCAUACGACAGGUACUUUCCUUAUGUCCUAUGGUUGUAGCCAUACAGACUCUGUCUUUUUAUGGAGGUCAAGAGCUUUCCCACCCAUUCUGUUACCACCCAGAUGUGAUCAAAUACACACGUUCCAACUCCUGGUUCAGCAGUUUUUGUGGCAUGUUUCUUCAGCUCUACAUGAAUGGUACUGACUUACUGUUUAUUCUUUUCUCCUAUAUCCUGAUCCUCCGUACUGUUCUGAGCACCGUGACCCCAAAGAAACAACAAAAAGCUCUCAGCACUUGUGUCUGUCACAUUUGUGCUGUCACUGUUUUCUACGUGCCAAUGCUCAGCCUGUCUUUGGCACACCGUCUCUCCCGCUCCACCCCCAGGGUGCUCUGUAGCACUUUGGCCAAUAUUUAUCUGCUCUUACCACCUGUCCUGAACCCUAUCAUUUACAGCUUGAAGACCAAGACCAUCCGCCAGGCUACAUUCCAGUUGCUCCGAUCCAAGGGUUCACAGGGCCGUCGUGUGAGGGGUCUUAGAGGAAGGAGGGAUUGA